AGGAAAUGACCAGAGACUGCGGACAUAGUACAGGAGAUGACCAGAGACUGCGGACACAGUACAGGGGAUGACAAGUGACUGCGGACACAGUACAGGGGACGACCAGAGACUGCGGACAAAGUACAGGAGAUGACCAGAGACUGCGGACACAGUACAGGGGAUGACCAGAGACUGCGGACACAGUACAGGGGACGACCAGAGACUGCGGACAAAGUACAGGAGAUGGCCAGAAACUGCAGACACAGUACAGGAGAUGGCCAGAAACUGUGGACACAGUACAGGAGAUGACCAGAGACUGCGGACAGUACAGGGGAUGACCAGAGACUGCGGACACAGUACAGGGGAUGACCAGAUACUGUGGACACAGUACAGGGGACGACCAGAGACUGCGGACAAAGUACAGGAGAUGGCCAGAGACUGCGGACACAGUAAAGGAGAUGACCAGAGACUGCAGACAUAGUACAGG